UGCCGAGAUUCUCCAAGAAGUCUCCUAUCCUACGCAGUAGCUUCCACGACAUCUGAUGGUAUUCACGACUGAUCCUCCCUUCCCGUUCAGCUUCGCAAUCCACCCAAUGCGUCAGCAUGGAAAUGGUAGCGAAUCUCGAAGCAGAGCUGUACCGGUUGCGGAGAGACCGACGCUUGCUGUUGGCGAACCUCCUAACAUCGUUGGCGGCGAAGGGCUGGUCAGAAUCGGACUUGGACAGGAUCAACGUGGAUUACAUCCUCUGGUGCGCCACGUCAGGAACACGCGUGGACAUUGAAGCAGCCAUAACAGCCCAACCAACCCUCACUACGAGGGGUGAGGCAGAUUUCGUCACAGCAUCCACCGUCAUUCUCUCCUCCAAAGAGCCGUCCGGCCCUCCGCCUGCUCGCCUCGCUCCUGCGUUCCCAGUCCCCUCGCGCACAGUCCCUGAGUUCCCUGCGCCUCCUCGCCUCCCCCCUGAACCCCAACAUUCCCGCCAAGUCUCCGAAUUUUCUUCUGCUGCAUGCGCUCCUGCUGCCCCUCCUGCUCCUGCCGCUCCUUCGGCUCCUGCUGCUACGGCCGCUCCUGCUGCUCCUUCGCUCCGUGCUGCUGUGCCUGGAGCCGCUUCAGAUCAUGGCUCCAACCGAUUCACUGCUGCAGCAGGCGCAGGAGGAGCAGCAGCAGCAGCAGCAACAAGAGGCGGAGCAACAGUGGGUGGUUGGGGUGCAACACGAGCACAAGCACCCACUCUGAAAGAAACAGAGGCGAUCUUAGCCCCACCUCGGCCACUCUUCCCCCCCUCUCCUCCAGCCCUACACCAGACCCUGGAUUCGCCUCCCCCGCGCAAGCCUAAGCCGCAGCAACUAGCCAAGCAGCUGUUUGCCUCACCGUCUGCUGCCUCCCCUGAAGGCUACUCCACCGGGAGCGAUGUCCGCUACUCCACAGGGACUGAUGGGUCGAAGGGAACGCCAGACGCAGCAGCAGCAGCAGGAGCAGCAGCUGGAGCAGAAGCAGGAGCAGAAGCUGGCUGGGAAGCACCAGCAGGAGCAGCUGUUUGGGGAGGCCAGCCUUCCCCAGGCGCUGUGGGUGCUAUGGGUGAUGCGUCUGCCCAGCCGCCUUCCGGGGCACGAUCGGCUGCAGCCGCAGCUGCUAUGGCUGCACUUGGUGCGGCCACCUUUGGUGCUGCAGGCACUCCCCAUGGGCAGUCCCAAACUCCUCAUGCACCGACCCCAUCACCCCAUCGAUACGGCUCGGAUAGUGUAGCCAGCAGUGGAGCGGGAGGGGACCGCGCUUCUGUAGCCAGCAAAGGUGGUGGGGGCAGCGCUGGUAGCGUUUCUGUAGCCAGCAGCGGACACGGAUUCGGUAAUGCAACCAAUUCUGGUGAACGGAUAGGUGGUGGUAGUGCUGCUGCUGCUGCUGGCGCUGCAAGUGCCGCUGGUGGUGCGUGGAGUGUUGCUGGUGGUGGUGGUGAUCAGGCCGGCGUUGCUAGUAACAGAAGUGCUGCAAGGACGGGAGCUUCAGCUGGGGGUGGUUACAAUACGGGUUACAAUGCAACACCAGCUACAGUAGAGUCUGGAAGAGGGGCAGCAGCAAGUGGGCUGGCAUCAGGAGGAGGGGUUGCAGCAGCAGGGUCUAGAGCAGGGGCAGCAUCAAAGGCUUCUAAUGCCCCUCCGUCCGCCACCCCUGCUGCUGCUGCUGCUGCUGCAGCACGAGCUUCUGUAGCAGAAGCUUCUGUAGCAGAGGUUACUCCCCCCGUCCCAACCAAGCUAGAUUUCCAAUCUCCUUUUGGUGGUUCAGGAGGCCAGAAGAGUGAGAGAGGAAGAGCUGAGGUGUCUGGGGGAAAGGGAGGCGCCUUGGGUUUUGCCUGGAGAUCUGGUGGGACGGAUAAGAAGCUGCCACCUGGCACCGAUGUGGAGGGUUUGGAUGAUGAUGACGAUGACAGUGAUGACGUGGCGUCUUCUGAUUCGUCCUCGUGUUCAGAUUCGUCUGAGAUGUCUUCCACGCUUGUGGCUGGGGGCACUGACGAUGGUGGCGUGGACCAAUUGGACGCUGCCAGCUCAGCAGGGCGUCUGAAGUGGCCGUUGCGCCAGGUGGCUUCUGGCCUGACUAUGGAGGAGCUUCAAGCAAGCGCCUACGAAGUGAUGCUACUGGCUGCUGCUGAAUCGGGGUCCAUAUCUGCUCCAAGCUCUUCCAGCACCGGCACCAGCAGCAGCAAGACUAGCCGAAGGGCGGCAGGCAGGCCCGAGUCUCCUGUGGAGCCCAAGUCCAAGUCCCCUGGGGGGUUCAUGUCCCGCUUUGCCAAGAAAGUCGGGCUCAAAGGAGGCAAACCUGCUGAUGCUGCUGGUGCUGCUGGUGGUGGUGCUGGUGGGAGUGGAGAGAAAAGGGGUGGGAAUGGGAAUGGAGGGGAGGGAGGAGGAGCUUUGCCUCCUGAGCUGAUUCGCAUGCGGCAGCAACUAGGGGUACCCGAGUCUCUCCACUUGCUCCUCCUCUCGGCAGUCUUCCUCCCCCCCCCGUCCCACACAGUCGAGAUGCCAUCCCCCAUCAGUCCUCUUGCCGGUGCAGCAGCAGUGGCAGCAGCAGCCGCCAUCCCUCCCCUCCCUCUCCCGCUCUGCCUCCUCCUCCACCUCUCCCCCAUCCCCUCCUCCCUCUCCUCCUCCUUCUCCCCGGGUGUUGGCACUCUGAAGUCCGCAGCUUCUUCUCUUGCUGCUUCGUUCGCCUCAUUGUCUCCAGACGUGCGCAGAGCGUUCUACCUCAGACAGGUGAAGCUGCUCCAGGAACUGCUGCUGGAUCUGACAGGCACAGCAAAGAACCAGGGAGCAGAGAAGGGAGGAGAAAGAGGAGGGGUAGGGGAGGGAGACGAGUGUGCUGAGGUGGCAGCCUCUUUGGACGCCAUGCUGGCACUUGUCAAGGGCCACGAGUUCAUCACCUCGCCCCCAUCCUUCGAGGCCAAGUGGAGCCGGAAGCUGAGCGAGCUGCGCUGGCUGCUGGUGGGGGGAUUCGCCUGGGGCGGCAGGAGAGGGAACGCAGCAGCAUUGGCUGCAGCAGCAAGCAGCAGCAACGCCAGCCAUGGCAAGCAGCUGCCCGUGCUGCCUGGUGCCUGGUGCCCCUCUAGGGCGAGCUUGAAUGCUUCGCUUUACCAUCGGCUGCUGUCUGCGUGCUGUGAUCCCUCGGACUCAGCCUCCUUCAACGACCUCCUCUUUGAGAUGGAGGAGAGAGUGGAGGCCCUCAGAUCCACGUGGCAGCCUCUGGGAGUGACACCUGUCACACACAGUGCCCUGCAAGCGUGGACUCUCUGCCACAAGGCCUCAGCUCCCACUCUCCCUCACCCACCACGCGCACCACUGUCACCAUCACCAUUAACGGCUCAGCAGCAGCAGCUUCUGCCAAUCAGAGCAGUGAUUCCUCUCAUCUGCCAAUCACUGCGCCGCCUGCCACCUACUGCCUGUGCACGACCACCAUCAUCAUCAACAGCAGCAGAAACAGCACCAGCCGCAGCAGCAGAUGGCAAAGAGGAGCCUUCAGCGAAGGUUCCGCUUCGGCCGUUUGUGCAGUCAGUGUCUCGAUUCCUGUCGUCGCUCUUGAGUGACUACCACCACACCCUGCUGGAGGCUUCCAGUGCCAGUGGCAGUGCCAUGAGCGCGGAUGGGCUGGCAGCACUGGAGUCGGCCCUGGACUCGUACCUCUGUUGUUGUGAUCUUCUGGAGGCAGGCAGGAAGAGAAACAGCCACAGACACACGACUCCAGGAGCACCAACUGCAGAGCGAGUGGAGGAGGUACUCGAGUUCGUGCACAUGUCUGUCCUCUCCUCCUUCGAUCGCACCUGCCUCGACGGCAGCAGCCCAGGGGGAGCACCAAGUGUGGAGCGAGUGGAGGAAGUACUCGAGUUUGUGCACAUGUCAGUGCUCUCCUCCUUCGACCGCGCCUGCCUCGAUGCCAUGGCAGCGGCUCAAGCCCAGCAGCACGCACAGGACGAGCGCGCAGGAUCUACCUCCCCUUCCUCCUCCCUUUCCCCCACUAAUCGACCCAACGCCCACAAUCCCACAAGUGCCACGAGCAGAGACUUCAGAUCAUCAGGUUCUAGUGGCGAGGUGGGGUUGGCUCAAAUGGCUGAGCUGGCGAGUGUGAUCAUAGAGAGGGAAGCUGGGGGUAUGGGGGGGAGGGGAGACGGGCGAGCAGGAAAGGGAGGAGGAAGAGGAGGGGGAGGGGGAGGAGAGGGAGGGACGCCAAAGGGUGGGUGCUGUGCGGUGUUUCAGAGGCUGGGGGUGUUUGGCACAGCGGCAGUGGCAGCAGCAGCCCUGCACCAACAGCUGGACUCACAGCUAGAUCCCUUCCUAUCAGUGGUAUCAGAGCUACACCCCGACUGCUGCAAGGUGUUCUCUGCGGUGGAUGCCUUUGACAGGCGCGUGCAGCAGGUGGUGCAGCUAGAGGUGCGGGCGGAGGAGGAGAGGGCAGCAGUAGGAGGAGAGGGAGAGCGGCACGGGGGAUACGGCCAUGCUGCACAAAUUGCCAGCGAGCUGAACGCUUAUCAGAUCGACCCUGUGAUGAAGCGGCUGUUCUCAGCGUGGGUGUCGUCGCAGCAGCAGAAGCUGCAUGUGUGGUUGGAGAGGGGCGUAGAGGCGGAGACAUUCGAGCCUGCUUCAGAUUCUCUCAAGCACUGUGCAUCCGCAGUGGAUGCCGUGCGACUGGUGGAGGAGGUAGGUUCUGGAGCAGUUCUUCCGUCUGGGCCUUCCCCCCCGCCUCCCAUGCUGCAGCAGAUGGUUCACAGCAGCGAUACGCUCAUGGCGUCGUAUGUGGCAAAGAUCUCCUCAGUGGGCCCCAGGGACGACCUUAAAGUCCCCCCUCCCCCCCUCACGCGCUUCAAAGAGGAUGUGGCUCAGAAGUUAGCCGACAAGGCAGAGAGGAGGGCGGAGAGGGAGGAGAGGGUGCAGAAGGGGAGGGCGGGGUACCUGGAGGGGGGAGGGGGAGGGAAGGUGGGGGUUCGGGCGGUGGAUGCUGUGAAGGCUGCUGCGAUUGACGCGCUGACUGUGGGGAAGCUGUGCGUGCGGAUAAACACUCUGGAGUUUAUCACAGCAGAGCUCGAUAAGUCCGAGAAGGCUCUCUGUGAGCGUUGGGACGAGUAUGCUCCGCACCUCAAGAUCGAUGACAUGGCAGGCUUAGCUCCGUCUCAGGUGACCUCCUCCCUAGCCUUCCGCAUGUCUACGGAGGGCAUUGCUGGGCUGAAGAGGGGAAGCUUCUUCGAGCAGACCAACUCCCUGACAGCGCAACGCAUGCAGACCCUGUCGGACUAUCUUGGCACCAAGGUGGUGUGGUGGGACCUGAGGGAGGCGUUUCUGGAGGAGCUGUACCGUGUGAGUGUGGACUCUUGCCGCAUGAGCCACCUCAUGCAGAGACUCGACCCAGUGUUGGGGGAGAUAGUGGAGACCGUAUCCGACUCUCUAAGGGACCAUGUUGUCACAUCUCUCCUGCACUCUGUUCUGGAGGGACUGCUGCGAGUGCUUCUAGAUGGUGGCCCCCUGAGGGUGUUCGCCCAGUCAGACUAUGAUGCUCUGGAGGAUGACCUCCGCAUACUCAAGGAGUUCUUUGUGGCGAGUGGCAAUGGUUUGCCUCAGGAGGUGGUGAACAAGGCAGCGGCUCAGGUGCAGCAAGUGCUCAACUACUACUCGCUCGAUACUGCUGACGUCAUCCUGGUUUACAAACAAUCAGCGGGAUCCAGUCAAGCUCCAGGUGGAGCCUUCCGGGCGUCUUCAUAUGUGAAAGGCGGUGCUGGGCUCACUGGUCACGAUGCACAUUUGCUCCUGCGUGUGCUCUGCCAUAGGGCAGAUCGGGAUGCUUCGAAGUUCCUCAAGAAGAACAUGCACUUGCCGAAGUCAUAUUAGAUGUUAAAAUAGGGUACAUUGCCAGGCAAGGCCUGUAGGAAUGGAGAGAUCUAGUCUCCAUGUGUAGGCGAUCCGAAUGUAGGGUGUAGUAGAAUCCUGGUAAGAGCUGUACGUGAUAGAUGUUCUAUGUAUGGGUAAGCUUAGUGUCUUGUAACGAAUCUGAUAGUGGUGCAUGUGUGCGGCAGUAUCAGUAUGGA